CGGACACUGACACUGAGCACACGGGCUUGUAGAGAGCCUCAAACAAAUAGAUCAUUCGUGUUAAAGUGAAGCUACAGCAGCGACGUUUAUUUUUGGAUUAUUAUUAUUUUUCGUAGCUUGUUUUGGGUUUAAUUAAAGCUGAAAGGAUUGUCGGACUAAGUAAAACACAACAGCCCUCCACAGUCCUGUCAGCUCACCCCCAGAAUGGACGGGGCUCCGGUAUAAAGUGAAUCAUGUCCGCUGCUGUUUUCCUGUCACUUUUGCUGGUUUUGUCGGGUCACCAGCAGACCACCUGGGGCUCCCAUGUCCUCAGGAACCAGUCUGCUGUGGGAUUAGCCCCACAGUCCUCGACCAACACGAUGGCCAUGAUGCCUGAGAACAACAAUAACGAUGAGUGUGACCUUGUGAUGAACCUCAGUGCCAUAGACCGCUGUGCAUUUGUGAAGAACACACCAGACUGUGACAUGGAAGAUGGCUUUAUCAACUACCUUCGUGUGUCCUUCUGUCUGCUUCCUCCCAACCUCACACCUCUCACCAUCACUCUCUGUAUUAUAUGGCUGCUCUUUCUGUUUGUCGUUCUUGGACUUGCUGCAGCUAAGUUUUUCUGUCCCAACCUCUCGGCCAUCUCCACCAGUAUGCACCUCACUCACAACGUAGCUGGUGUGACAUUUCUGGCUCUUGGUAAUGGAGCUCCCGACAUCUUCAGUGCCAUUGCAGCUUUCUCCCACCCACAUACUGCUGGGCUUGCUGUCGGAGCAUUAUUUGGAGCUGGUAUAUUUGUUACCACAAUAGUUGCAGGCAGCGUGGCGCUGGUCAAGCCUUUUGCUGUGGCCUCUCGUCCGUUUCUGCGUGAUGUCAUCUUCUACAUGGCUGCAGUGUUUUGGACUUUCCUCAUGUUGUACAGAGGAACCACGACACUGGGAGAAACACUGGGUUACCUGGGCCUUUAUGUGGUGUAUGUAUUGACUGUAGUCAUCAGUGCAUAUAUCUACAACCGGCAAAAACAUUCAAUAAACUCGAGUGUCCGGAACGUUGCACAUAUUCCAGAAUUUCACUCGUCCGACUCGUCUGAUGAUGACGUUCCCCGCCAGACUCGUGGAUCCAUCCAGCAGGAGUAUGAGUCAGAGUACAGGCCACUUCUGCCGUACUCUGAGUCCACAUGUCAUGUCCUGCUGAGCUCUCUGAACCCCGUGGACAGCAGGGAGUGGAGGAGGAAACCGUGGAGCUGGAGAGUGUUAAAAGGACUGAAGACACCUCUAGAGGUCCUGCUGCUGCUCUGUAUCCCUGUAGUCGACCCUGAUAAAGAAGACAAGAACUGGAGACGCCCACUAAACUGUCUCCAUCUGAUCACUGCCCCACUGGUGUGUGUGCUCACUUUCCAGUCUGGAAUAUAUGGAGAUUACAUGAUCCAAGGGCAGUUUCCCCUCUGGCUACUGAUUCUUCUGCUGGGACUUUUUCUGUCUGCCAUUGUCUUUUGCACCACCACCAAUGAUUGCCCCCCCAACUAUCACCCACUGUUUGCUCUUUUGGGCUUCGUGGUGAGCGCAGUGUUGAUCAGUGCAGUAGCCUCUGAAGUGGUCAGUCUUCUGCACAUGCUUGGUGUGGUGCUGAGUCUCAGCAAUACUGUGCUGGGGCUGACUAUGCUGGCCUGGGGCAACAGCAUAGGAGACUGUUUUUCUGACAUCACCAUUGCCCGGCAGGGUUACCCACGAAUGGCCAUUUCAGCCUGCUUUGGAGGCAUAAUUUUCAACAUGCUGUUUGGAGUGGGUUUGGGAUGUCUGGUGCAGAUGGUUAAAACACACUCUAUUGUGCAGUUUGAAACAGAGGGUUUGUUGACAUGGAUUCUUGCAGGAUCUCUGGGUUUGUCUCUGGUCCUAUCCUUCGUCAUUGUUCCACUGUGCCGGUUCCACUUGGGUCGGACGUACGGGAUCUUUCUCCUCGCGUUCUACGUCGUCUUCCUUGUCAUCGCUCUGCUCACAGAGUUUGGCGAGAUCCGCGUUGUUUAGACUCAACACUGAGGCCAGUCUGGAAUGAGGGAUGUCCUCCAGUAAUGCAAAAUGACACUGGAACAGAGUCUGCACUGAGACCAGUAGCAUCAUCUUCUACACACAACACUGAUACUGCACUUUUUACAAAAGAAUCAACAGUGCACUUGACUGCUAUCCAAUGCAACCAAGCAGGCAAAUUAAUGACAAACUACUGUUUUCUGCUCAGGGGGAGCUGAAACAAAUUACACUGUGCCUUUAUUGAGCUCCUGGAGCUGAGAUGGUACUUCUUGAGUUGAGAGGGAAAACACAGAUUGUAGAAAUUUCUACUUUAAAAGAUUGUGAAUGAACUAAAUGUACUGUAAAUCAAAAUGCUAAAAUGACCUUGUACACGGCUGCUUUGGGGGAAUUAAAUAAUUUUGGUUUGGUAUUUUUAUUUACA